AUGUUCAAUCCGAAGCGGAUCGUAACCACAAUGAUGGGCAUCAGCAUCACGGCUGUCAACGCCGGGCCUUGCAAGCCUCAUUCUUCCUCAGGGGCAGUUUCUUCUUCGACAAUGGAGCUGGCUAUGUCUGGCUCCACAUCUCUUGUCACUUGGACUAGUACCUUGACCGACAGCUCCGAGACGGGACUGGCUACCGAGUCUGCCCCCUUGGCUCAGAGCGAGAGUCUCUCUAUGUCCUCGGGCACUAUCGAAGUAUCCACAACCGACCUUACUUCGAUUGCCACUGAGGGUACGGCCACUGCCGUAGACACGCCAUGCGGAAACCAGAUCUAUCGAGGUACUGCCUCCCACCGCGGUUACACCUCUACCGAUGCCGCAAACGAGGCGGAUUGUUGGGAAGCGUGCUCCAGCGACCAAGAUUGCAACACCUGGUUCUUCCAGACCGAGGGAACCUUCGAUGUUAUCGGCACUCCCAAGAACGAGGACAGCAACCUCAUUGGUUCCCGUAACUGCUCCCCUCGCAACUACGACUCAUGCAACGACAAUAUUGGCUUUGGAUACAUUGCAGAAACCCCGACUGAGCAAGUUCCGAGUGUCAAGCUCGAGCUUCAAUGUGCUCAGCUAUGCAUGAAGGACGGCCAAUGCGAGGUUUGGCAGUACGAUGGAUCUACGCAAACCUGUAACACGUUCUCCAACUACUUCGCCGAUAUCUUUACUCCCCAAGCAGAUGCUUCCCAAGGGCAGGGAAUCAUGCUUGCAGGUACCCGAAGCUGCUCCUCCGACUUCUUCAAGCCACAACUGGAGCCUUGCAAUGGCCAGAUAAACACAUGGGAUAAUGGAGUUUCUCGUGACUAUAGAGUUUUUAGGCAGACAACGUCGGAACUUCUUUGUGCUCGAGCUUGCUCGAUUGAUCCAACGUGCUUAUCAUGGGCGGUAGACAGACUUGCCAGGGGGUAUCCAGGCUCGGUUUGCACGCUUUCGGAAUAUGCCUGGUUCGAAGAUCAUUCGGAUUUUGGCAGUUCAGGCUCAAGAAACUGUGGUGUACCCUAG